GUUUGGACCGUUACUUUGUGUUAAAGACUACUGUAAAUGCAUUUUUAAGGUAAUUCAUACAUCCCAAACACUUGAAAAUCAUUUACUAUCUGCAGAUCCUAAAAUUGUGAAAUGCACUGAUAGUGGAAUACAUACCGGUAGUUAUUUCCUGCAGACUUUUCCUUACUUAUAGUUCUUCUGCUCUUAUUGUAACUUACAGCUUCCUCUGAAAGAACACUGCGAUUGAAUUUGAGCUUGCAUGCAAAGUGUUGUAACUUUUUACCAUUUUCAUUCAAGUGUUUCCCUUCUGUAGAUGCAUUUAAGGCUAAACUUGAGGCCCACAUUUGAUCAGGCCUUAAAGUUUAUGGGUCGGUCUGUUCUGUUUUUUUUUAUACCAGUUCAUUCUAUUUUUACCAUGUUAUGAUAAUUCAUGGCGUUUGGUUUUCCAAAAGAGACAAAUUGACCUGAUUCAAUUAUUUGACAGUAACGAUAAUAAUGUCAUUGCAGUGGUUGUGUCUUUUGUUGUACGGCCACGCGAUCCCUGAGUGCGCCUGUAAUGUCGAUGUAAGCCGCCAAACGAGCCACCAGGCGGCGCUGUGAACGCCGGGCCGACAUCCGGGGACACGCCUCGCUGCCGAAGAAGUAGACGGAAGCAGGAAGCCUUUCUGGUGUAAACGUUACUAGCCUAGCCUCACAAACGUGAGCUCGACACACGUCUGCCUUUCGUUCGUUUUGUUUGGCCCUCAGUGGACAUCAGGGGGGACGCCUCGGAUUCGUGCGUUAAAUGUGAAAAGCGGCGCGGCGCGUUGCAGGCAGCCCGACAGCGUCUGGUAGCCUAGCACUGUAGCUUGUCAACAUCAAACCACACGUUCGCAUAUUUUGACGAUGAAUUUGUUCAAAAACCAAACUUUGCACCCACACCUGCGCGACGAAGAAGCUCUCGUGGUGGAAAACGCCAUUCGCUUGGCGAUAGACUCGAUAAUUAACGUGCUGUACGGCGUCAACAGCUCCAGGACUCGCGAGUACCAGCGGAUGGUGGCCGACAAGGACAAAGAGAUCCGUCGGCUGGAGAGCAGUCUCUCGGAGAUGGAGUGCGAGGUAAAGGUGCUCCGCCGACGGGGAUUCACCUGCGGACUGCUCGGAGGGGAGCGCAGCCCGGUUGGCUCUCGGACCCCCGAUGACCCGCAGACGAUCGAGGGGAGCGGGUUUGAACUGAGCUGCAUCGACACGGAGAUGACAGCCGAGCAGCAGGAUUAUGAAAUGAGUAUCAAUGUAGGCCAUUUUGCAAACCCCCCCUCACAAGUCUCCCCCCAAAGCCAGCUGUCGGCUCCGCCGUCAUCUCGUGCCAGAACAGACCGGUCCUGCAUCUCCCUCUCCUCCAAUUCCUCCGAUGUGUCGGAGGCAGCUGGCAAUCUGCCGAUGUCUCCCAGCAGCUUUGUCAUCAAAGAAGAGCCGUGUGACAUCGCUCCGGUUUUGAUCAAGUUGGAAAUGAGUGAAGAGAGUUUUGGGGAGCUUCAUGAGAGCGCUGGCCAUCCGUAUCAGGACCACCAGAGCCCCAGCGUAAACGAACACCUAGAGAAAGAGAUGGAGAGAAGAACUUUUAAUGAGGACCGCCAUGCAGAUCCAGGCGGUUAUUACGACCCCCAUGACGAACACCUCAGGAACAAGAAGAAGGGCGUGCCCAUGUCUGAGCUGACGGAGGAGGCUCAGAGACAGAAGAGGGCAGCCUGGAGAGCGGCCUCAAGGCGCUACUAUGCCCGGAAGGUCGCCCGCCAGCAGGCGCACCCGUCGCGGCCGGGCCCCGCCCCAUCGCGGCCGGGCCCCUUCCUCGCGCCCUCGGGCCCCGCCCCGUCCCACUUGGGCCCGUUCUUCCCGCGCUCGGGCCCCGUCUCGCACGUCACAGACUCCAGGUACCCUCAUCCCAUCUCUUUCGCGGACAAGAGGAGGAGGACGCUGAUAUCGGAUUUACCGGAGGCGUCUCAGUCCCUGCAGCGGGAGGCGUGGAGAGCGGCGUCCAAGCGGUACUACGCUCGGAAGAACGCUCGCCACCACGCGGAGCCCGUGCACUACGCGCACCUGCUCCAGGACACGGAGGCGCCAAGAGACCCACCGGAACCUAACCGGGCGGGACCCCACGGCAACAGCGGGGGAAUAAUGUGCAGCUGAUGGACGGCGGCGCUGUAGUUGCACAGCAUAAGGACAUUCACAGGGAACACAGGGCGGUUUAUGCAUUUGUUGUGUUGAAGUUGAGAUUUCCCAUCUUCCGAUACGGUCCCCAAAUUUUGAACCUAUAUUGAGGAUGAUUGAAAUAUAAAAACCAACACUGAGCAAAACUCCACACUUUCUACUUUUUCAUAGAUGUGUUCUUUUUCUUCAUUGGGCCUUUCAUGUGCUGCGUUGCAUGUCUGUAGGAACGCGACUGCAGAUCUGAUCCAAGGACAUAAAGUUCAUUAGUUCUAAUGUGACAGCCGCUGGAUCGAUACAGGCUGUACCUGAAACUACAGCCUCUGUAAUGGAGUUCAUCUGAAUGCAGAGGACAGGGCAACACUGUUCUAUUGGAUGAUGAUACAAAUGUCACAUUGUAUUGCUCUGUAAUCAGAACGUUUUUGACAGAUUAUUUUAUGAUUUAUUACUCUUUUCAACAUACGUUAAGGACUUUUUCAUUAUUAAUUUAUGACUGAGUUUUUGAAAUUUAAUAUAUGUUUUUCCAACAUACUAUCACUUAUUUGCUUCAUACUGUACUGCAACAUACUAUGACUUUUUAUUCUUUAUUUCGACAUACUAUUUUGUUUGACAUAGUGUACUACACUAUAACUUUGACGAUGACUUAUAAAAUAACAGACUUAAUUAAGAUUUGUUCGUCACUUUGCUGGACUAUACUAUUCAUAAUUUCGACAGACAAAAUGACUUUUUGGUGAUGUGAUAUUUUGCAUCUCAGCUAAUUUUAUAUUAGCUAUAACUAUUACUUUACUUUGUCAUCACUUUGUUCAACAGGCCUUGCUGUGAUUAUUUUGUGACAUAAUAUAUAGAAACAUUUUCAUAAAUAAAUUCGGUAUUCAGAACUAUA